AUGGAGACAAGCGUGUCCUUUGGGUCGGCACCUCCUCUGGCUCCCUCUCUUGUUGAGGAAGAGGCUGAAGAGGAGCAAGACCACAUCAAGCCCCCAGCUGCUGCCCCUCCACGGCCCCAACAGGCAGAGCCACUGGACAGACGCUCUGCAAUCCAAGGUGCCGCUGGAGCAGCAGGGCCUGAGGCAGCCGGAGCUCCCGCAGCUGCCGGCACUGGGUCCAGCAGCCCCGGCCAGCCGGCCGAGAUGAGAGAGGAGCAGAGGCUGAUGAGACUGAGGAGCGUUGUGAGCCCGGGUGAGCCAAGGAGCAAAUACACAGCCCUUGAAGAACUUGGACGAGGGGGCUUUGGAGCUGUUUAUAGGGCUCUGGACGCCAGCGCAGGGAAACAGGUGGCUAUCAAGAAAAUGACACUGGAAGAGGAGGAUUCCGAGGAGCUGGCUGUCAAUGAAAUCCUGGCCAUGAGGGACAACAGGAAUCCCAAUAUUGUUGUCUACUUAGACAGCUACCUGGUGGACGAGCAACUCUGGCUGGUGAUGGAGUUCAUGGAUGGCGGCACACUGUUCGAUGUGCUCAGGGCAGUGUACCUGGAGGAAGGACAGAUAGGCACUGUCUGUCGGCAGUGCCUGCUAGGACUGCAAUUCCUUCAUUCCCGCCGAGUCAUCCACAGAGACAUCAAGAGCGGCAACGUUCUUAUGGGCAUGGACGGAUCGGUCAAAUUGGCUGACUUUGGUCUCUGUGCUCAGCUCAGCCCUGAGUGCAGCAGGUGCCACUCCAGUGUCGGCACUCCCAGCUGGAUGGCACCAGAAGUCGUGCGAGGAGAAGCCUACGGCCCCAAAGUGGACAUCUGGUCCCUGGGCAUCACGGGCCUGGAGAUGGUGGAAGGGGAAGCUCCUUACCAGAGGGAGCCCAAGUUCAGGGUUUUUGAACUGAUUGAAAGGAACGGGCCCCCAAAACUGCAAAACCCCAGGCACCACUCGGCUCUCCUGCGCGACUUUCUGCGCUGCUGCCUGCAGGCGGAUGAAGACAGGCGCUGGUCUGCCCAGGAGCUCCUGCAGCAUCCGUUUGUGACCUCAGGCCAGCCUGCCUCCAGCCUGACUGCUCUGGUCAUCUCAGCCAAGCAAGCACAGGAAGACUGGAGAGGAGAGGCUUGUGUCUGA